AAAAAAAAUGAUAACAUGUCUGCUUCGCGGGUACAUAAACUGCGAGAUGCAAACUUCCAGCACGUCUGGGUGAAAAUUAUCACCGAUGAGACUGAAAAUGAUGACACGAUUAAUGGAGUUGGGGCAUUCCAAAACUUUAACAGUAUUAACACUGUUAUUGCUUUUAAUGCAGCUUGCUUUAUGUGCACCUGGAGGACCAGCUCCCAAUACAGUCACCAGAUUCGACAGUGCAGCGCCAGUUAGCGGACAAAUUGCACAAGCUGCAGCCUGCACCAUUCAGGAACAAAAUCGCAUAGACUGCUGGCCAGAAGGGACAGAUGUUGUUCAAGCAGACUGUGAAAAUAGAGGCUGUUGCUGGAAUAAUUCUCAAUCCCAGAAUGGCUCACCAUCCUGUUUCUUCCCUACGGAUUACAAUGGAUACAUAGCUAGGGACAUAACUCCUAUACGAAAUGGGGAGAAUAUUGUAGGACUAAGAGCAAUUUUAACUAGAAACACUUCAUCUCCAUAUCCUGAUGAUGUUCCUAUUCUGCAGCUGAUGGUUUACUUUGAAACUGAAAAUAGACUUCAUUUUAAGAUCACUGACCCUCUAACUCCAAGGUUUGAAGUUCCAGUGAAUAUGCCAGGUGUCUCGAACACAUCAGAAAGUGAUACACAGUAUGCUGUACAUGUGGAACCAGAUCCUUUUGGCAUCACUAUCACUAGAAAAAGUACUGGGGAAAUCCUUUUUGAUUCUGUUGGAAUUGGACCUUUCAUCUAUGCAAACCAGCUUCUGCAGAUAAGCACAAAACUAUCAACUCCUUUUCUGUAUGGACUUGGAGAGCACAGGAGUAGAUUUUUACAAGAUAUGCAAUGGCAGAAAAUGAUCAUUUGGACUCGGGAUGAAUUUCCAAGGGAGGGCAUAAACCUGUAUGGAGCCCAUCCUUUUUAUUUGAACCUUGAAAAGUCUGGCAACGCCCAUGGGGUUUUCCUCUUAAACGUCAAUGCCAUGCAAAUUGAUCUCCAGCCGUUUAACAAUCAGGGAGGCCUGACGUAUCGUACCAUUGGUGGAAUCCUAGACUUCUUCAUUUUCCUUGGACCAACCCCAGAUGAUGUCGUCAGUCAGUAUGUCAAUAUCAUUGGUCUUCCGUUCAUGCCACCUCUAUGGACUCUUGGUUUUCACCUGUGCAGACAUGAAUAUGGAAACAGCUCAGUAUUUAAAAAUGUCAUUGCACGAAACAGAGCUGCAAAUAUCCCCUAUGAUGUGCAGUGGAAUGAUCUAGACUACUCCCAAGAUAGCAAGGACUGGACCUUUGAUAAUAAAACCUAUGUGGGCUUGCCUGAUAUCAUUGCUGAUCUACAUGCUCAUGGCCAGCACCAUAUUAUCAUUGUUGAUCCAGGUGUUGCCAAAAAUGAGCCUCCUGGCACUUACCCACCCUAUGAUCUAGGAAUGCAGUAUGAUUUGUUUAUUAAAAAGGAAGAUGGAACACCAAUUGUUGGAGAGGUAUGGCCGGGACAAACAGUGUAUCCAGACUUCUUUCAUCCUAAGGCAUUUGAUUACUGGUAUCAGCUGGUAUCAGAUUUCAUAAAAAUUCUGGCAUUUGAUGGUCUCUGGAUUGAUAUGAACGAGCCAUCUAAUUUUCUAAAUGGGUCAAUAGCUGAUUGUCCCAACAACAGCUGGAAUCAUCCUCCUUUCAAGCCACCAGGUAUCGAUGGUGGGUUGCUGUAUGCGAAGACAUUAUGUGGCUCAGCAUUGCAAUACUUGUCAUCUCAUUACAAUCUCCACAGCCUUUAUGGGUGGAGUGAAGCACGUGUUACAGCACAUGUACUGUGGAAAUUACUUGGAAAGAGAACUUUGGUUCUUUCUCGUUCCACUGCUUUUGGGACUGGCGCUUACAGUGGUCACUGGACUGGAGACAACUUCAGUACUUUCCGUGACAUGCACUAUUCAAUUGCUGGAAUACUCAACUUUAAUCUUUUUGGAAUCCCACUUGUGGGAGCAGAUAUUUGUGGUUUUAACUGGGAUGCAACAAGAGAACUCUGCAUAAGGUGGAUGCAACUAGGAUCUUUUUAUCCAUUUAUGCGCAAUCAUGCUGAAAUUGGAACAGUACCUCAAGACCCUGGUUCAUAUGAUAAGGAGACUCAAGACAUGAUGAGACCAGCAAUGGAGCUUCGCUAUAGCCUUCUUCCCUUCUUGUAUACUCUGUUUUACUACAGUAACACAACAGGGAGACCUAUUGCCCGACCUCUGUUUUUUGAUUACCCUGGGACCGAAUCCAUUGACACACAGUUUCUGUGGGGAAGAGAUUUGCUUAUCUCACCUGUGCUUGAGGAGGGUGCAGUUGAGGUUAAUGCUUUCAUUCCCAACUGCACAUGGUAUGACAUCCAAGACCAGACCCUGCUGAAAGAAGUGGGUCAGACAAAACUUGCAGCACCACUGGGGAAGAUAAAUGUUCAUGUUCGCGGUGGCAGCAUCCUGCCUAUGUUGCCACCAGCUGUGACAACUACACUUUUACGUCAGGGAAAAAUGCAACUGCUGGUUGCAAGAGAUUUAACCACACAGCCAUCUAGAGCCUUUGGAGAGUUGUACUGGGAUGAUGGAGAAUCUCUAGGUGUUAUUGAGAGAGGACUCUACACAAUGGUCAGAUUUGUUUUGCUUGAGAACACCCUGACAAGUGUUGUGGUGUCUAAAGGGUACAGUCCAGUUUUGCUGGGAAAAAUUACAGUCCUUGGUGUUUUUCACCACCUCAGACUUUGUCUUUUAAUGGACAGUCUCACGUUUUCACUUACAAUCAGACCUCAAAGAUGCACGAGAGAAGCGUCCAGUUUUGGUGUUAAAAUGAGAGAAAAUAAGGAAAUAUUCCUUUCUAAAGAUAGUUUCAUCCUCAACGGGGAUGUACAGUACACGUUUCAAAGACGUAGGGAAAGGUAUCAUUUCACUCUCGGUUUGGUCUUAGGUCUUGGAGUUAGUUGUGUGGCCUUUUUGCUUCUGUCUUCCGGAGCCCCGAUAUCAACCUUUGUUUCAGUCUUAAAAAACACAAAUUGUUCCAAACCACAAAAGGUAGCUGCAGAACUGGACAGAGAUGAGGCAAAAUUCAACGAGUGGUUGUUGUCAAAUAGUGCCAAAGAUUUUGACAGAGACCACCAGUCGCAGUGGAAACAGAAGACAUUUGACUUGGAUGGUCAAGACAAAAAGCUCGCAGUUUCUUGCACGUUAAAUGAAACGGACAGAUUCGAUUGCUGGCCUGAGGAGUUCGGGGCCUCGCAGCAGGGUUGCCAGGCAAGGGGAUGUUGCUGGAAUGCAAACCCCUCGCAUCAAGGGGUUCCAUACUGCUUUUAUCCGCAAGGUUAUGUUUCAUAUGUGUUGUCACCGGUAGUUCCAUUCAGACGUGGUGUCAAACAAGGAAUAUCAGCAACCCUAACAAGAAAAACAGCAUCUCCAUAUCCAGACGAUGUUCUUCAGCUGCAAAUUGAUGUGACCUUUGAAACGGCAGACACAGUUCGUUUUAAGAUAUUUGAUCCUCAUAAUCAACGAUAUGAAGUACCUCUCAACCUCUCCAAGAAUGAUCAACCAGUUGAACAAACAGAUUAUCAAGUUACCUUGAAAGCGAACCCCUUUGGGAUUCUUAUUAUGCGUAAAUCCAAUGGUGUUACCAUAUUUGAUUCCAGCACUGCAGCCCCUCUUGUGUUUGCAGAUCAGUUCCUGCAGUUUGGAACUCGUCUGACAUCUUCAAAUAUAUAUGGGCUUGGUGAGCAUAGAUCAUCUUUGAGACUGAACACCAACUGGACUAAACUUGUCCUAUGGAAUAGAGAUAUGAACCCUCCUGGUGGAGGGAACCUCUAUGGGUCACAUCCAUUCUUUCUCAAUUUGGAGGCUGAUGGGCAGGCACAUGGUGUUUUCCUACUGAACAGCAAUGCUAUGGAGGUGGCUUUGCAGCCAUCAGAAGGGAAUGAAUUAGGCUCAUUGACUUACCAUGUCCUGGGUGGGAUCUUGGACUUCUAUGUCUUCACUGGUCCUACUGCACUAAAUGUUGUGGAGCAGUAUGUCAGUCUCAUUGGACGGCCCACAAUGCCACCAUUCUGGGCGCUGGGAUUUCACCUAUGCAGGUGGGGCUACAUGAAUAGUACAGUGCUUCGUCAGGUCAUCCAGAGAAACAGAGCUGCUGACAUUCCCUAUGAUGUACAGUGGAGUGACAUCGACUACAUGCAUGAACACCUUGACUGGACAUAUGAUAAUACCACAUUCCCUGACUUGCUGGACAUUGUUGAUGAUCUUCACAGAAAUGAUCAGCGCUACAUUAUGAUUAUAGAUCCAGGAAUCAGCAGUACGCAGCCCGCUGGUUCCUAUCCAGCAUUUGACCAAGGUGUGCAGAUGGGAGUCUUCAUAAAAAAUGCUACAGGUCAAAUAUUGGAGGGGAAGGUUUGGCCAGGGCUAACAGCAUUUCCAGAUUUCUUUCAACCCAGCGCUGAACAAUAUUGGUACAAUCAGAUAAAGUCAUACUGGGAUAAAAUUCCCUUUAAUGGAAUCUGGAUAGACAUGAAUGAACCUUCAAAUUUUGUGGAAGGUUCUACUGUUGGCUGCACCAAAGGACCCUUGGAUAAUCCUCCUUUCACACCUCCUAGAAUAAAUGGGGGAAAGCUAAUGUCUGCGACUGUGUGCCCCUCAGCACAACAAGCUAUAUCAUCUCACUACAAUCUUCACAAUCUCUAUGGAUGGAGUGAGACCAAAGUAACUGCAAGCUCCCUUACAAAACUGCUUGGAAAGAGAAGCCUUAUUGUUUCACGUUCAAGUUUUGCCAGUUCUGGUCACUAUGGCAGUCACUGGCUAGGUGAUAACUGGUCACAGUGGCUUGACCUCUACUACUCCAUACCAGGGAUCUUGAACUUUAAUAUGUUUGGAGUGGCAAUGGUUGGUGCAGAUGUUUGUGGAUUUACGGGAGACACCACUAGAGAGCUGUGUAUUCGGUGGAUGCAGCUGGGAGCAUUCUAUCCAUUCAUGCGCAAUCAUAAUAAUUUUGGUGAUAAGCCUCAAGACCCAGCGGCAUUUGAUUCUGUUGCUGUGUCCUACAUGAGGCAGGCACUGAGGACACGUUACAGUUUGCUCCCUUACAUGUACACACGUUUCUUUAUCAGUCACACCACUGGCACUUCCGUUGUGAGACCACUCUUUGCUCUUUUUCCAAACACUGAGGACAUUGACAAGCAAUUUAUGUGGGGAGAAGAGCUGCUUAUUUCUCCUGUCUUAGAGGAGGGAGCAACGACGGUAAAUGCCUACAUACCAGAAGGAGUGUGGUAUGAUUUUUACAAUGGCUCAAGACUCAAGGCAACUCCACAGCAGUAUAAUCAGCUUCAAGCCCCUCUUAGUACCAUCAACGUUCACAUCCGGGGUGGUUCCAUUAUUCCUUGUCUUCCUCCAGCUGUAAAUACAAAUACAGCGCGUAAGAUGAAUUUUCAGCUCAUUGUUGCUCCUGAUGUUGCUUCUAGUGCACAAGGACAGCUUUUCUGGGAUGAUGGAGAGUCUUUGGAUCCUGUGGAAUCAGGAAAUUAUUCUCUUGUGCAGUUUAUAUUAAAUGGAACACAGCUGACCACAAACGUGCUGAGACAGAAUUAUCCAGUGACACUAGACACAGUUCGAGUUCUGGGUGUCAUUGACAGACCAGCAAAUGUCACAUUGAAUGGGAAAAUAAUAAACUACUACUACAAUUCUGAAAUCCAGCUUUUGAUGAUCUACGAAACAGGAAUUGACUUAUUGCAGCCUUUCCUCUUGAAAUGGGCCUUCUCAUGAAUAAACAGUGGUGUUAAACACAACAGAAGCAGACUAAAGUGCUGCAGCCAUUGCACUGGACAAAUUUCUCAAGUGAUGUUACAAUCUUUUUAGUAAUAUCCAAAUUAUAAGUACAAGGGUAAUUGCUAUGAAUCAUUUCUCUACAAGUUAGUUCCCUUGAUUUAUUCCUGGGCAAUUUCAGGUGCAACUCUUUUGUGGUGGAAGCGAGUAAAACAUUCAGCGAUA